CGUGUGUGUGUCUGGGUCUGUGUCUGGCCGCGGCGCGCGGCCGCGGAUCAGCGCUGGACAUUGCCGUCCGAGGCAUCACGACUGUCACUGCCAGCCUAACCCUCCGAAGCCGCUUCUAGAGGGGGCUAGACCUGGCCAUUCGCCAGGUGAAGAAGAUGUUGCCACUGUCCAUCAAAGACGAUGAAUACAAACCACCCAAGUUCAAUCUGUUGGGCAAGAUCUCCAGCUGGUUUAGGUCCAUCCUGUCGGACAAGACCUCCCGGAACCUGUUUUUCUUCCUGUGCCUGAACCUCUCUUUCGCUUUUGUGGAACUUCUCUACGGCAUCUGGAGCAACUGCUUAGGCUUGAUUUCCGACUCUUUCCACAUGUUUUUCGAUAGCACUGCCAUUUUGGCUGGAUUGGCAGCUUCUGUUAUUUCAAAAUGGAGAGACAAUGAUGCCUUCUCUUACGGGUAUGUUAGAGCAGAAGUUCUGGCUGGCUUUGUCAAUGGCCUGUUUUUGAUCUUCACUGCUUUUUUUAUUUUCUCAGAAGGAGUUGAGAGAGCGUUAGCACCUCCAGAUGUACACCAUGAGAGACUGCUACUUGUUUCCGUUCUUGGCUUUGUGGUAAACCUAAUAGGAAUAUUUGUUUUCAAGCAUGGAGGUCAUGGACAUUCUCAUGGCUCUGGCCAUGGACACAGCCAUUCCCUCUUUAAUGGUGCUCUAGAUUCAGCACACGGCCAUGGAGACCACUGCCAUGGUCACCAAGUGCAGCAUAGUCCAGCACACAGCCAUGAUCAUGCGCACGGACAUGGACAUUUUCAUUCUCAUGAUGGUCCCUCUUUAAAAGACACACAAGGACCCAGCAGACAGAUUUUACAAGGAGUAUUUUUACACAUUCUAGCAGAUACACUUGGAAGUGUUGGUGUCAUCGCCUCUGCCAUCAUGAUGCAAAAUUUUGGUCUGAUGAUAGCAGAUCCUAUCUGUUCAAUCCUGAUAGCUUUCCUGAUAGUUAUAAGUGUCAUUCCUCUCUUAAAAGAAUCUGUUGGGAUAUUAAUGCAGAGAACUCCUCCCUUGUUGGAAAAUGCAUUACCUCAGUGCUAUCAGAGGGUGCAGCAGUUACAAGGAGUUUACAGUUUACAAGAGCAGCACUUCUGGACUUUAUGUUCUGAUGUCUAUGUUGGGACCCUGAAAUUAGUAGUAGCUCCUGAUGCUGAUGCCAGGUGGAUUUUAAGCCAAACACAUAAUAUUUUCACUCAGGCUGGAGUGAGGCAGCUUUAUGUACAGAUUGACUUUGCGGCCAUGUAAUGACUGAAAUUAUGGUGUACUUUUCUUUUGGACCAAAUUAUUCUGGUACUGUACAAUCCAAAACAUUGUACCCAGCUUCUUAAAAAUAGAGGAAACAUCACUACAGCUCCCUGGCAUCAAGCAGACCAGGUAGUGUCAGGUGUUCGUGUUCUGCCGGGAGUUCACAGCUAAGGGAUAAGAACUAAGAGGAUAUUUCCUGGACUUUUAGUCUUGUCUUUUGUGCCCCUCCGUUGUAAACCAUUUUGAUUUCUGACAUUUCUGGUUGUGUUUCAGAGUGUUGGUUUGUGUGUUUUUAGUUCUUUGGGUUUUCAUUUUUCUGUUUUUUAAUUCCUUCCUUUCUUUUUUUCACUUGUUGUUUUGUUUUUGUUUCUUGUUGAAUGUCCUCCUUCCUAUUCCCUCACCCAAGUCAGUAAGAAAUUCAGGAUGGGCUUCCAAUCAUCUGGAACGUCUUUACAGAAGCUGCUGGAAACCACUACUUUCAUUUCCACAAAACCAGUGUUAGUUUAAAAAAACAAAAAAAAAAAAAAGAAAGAAAGAAA